ACUAAAUAGUUUAUUGUAGGGUUGAAAGUGCGAAGUGAAUAAUAAAAUGGCUUUAAGUGGGUGUAAGUUACUAACGUUUUUAAAUAAAAUUAAGCAUGUAUCUUCAAGAUCGGUGUCACAGUAUUAUCCUAUUGAUGAACAUAUUUUUGGAUUAUCUGAUGAACAAAUACAGUUACGUGAAACAGUUUUUAAUUUUGCACAAAAAGAGUUAGCUCCAGUAGCCAACGAAAUUGAUAAGAAAAAUAAAUUUGAUAACCUAAGAAGUUUUUUCAAGCAUCUCGGCAACUUAGGAGCUCUGGGUAUUACUGUAAAUCCUGAAUAUGGAGGUACCGGAGGAAGUUACACCGAUCAUGUCAUUAUUAUGGAAGAACUAAGUAGAGCUUCUGCAGCUAUAGCUCUUUCUUAUGGAGCUCAUUCGAAUUUGUGUGUAAAUCAAAUCCAUCGAAAUGGCAGUGAUUAUUUAAAAAAGAAAUAUCUGCCAAAAUUGUGCUCGGGUGAACAUAUAGGAGCUUUAGCGAUGUCAGAACCUGGUUCCGGUUCCGAUGUAGUGUCUAUGAGGUUGAAAGCAGAAAAAAAAGGCGACCAUUAUGUGCUAAAUGGAAAUAAGUUUUGGAUAACUAACGGACCAGACGCAGAUGUUUUAGUCGUUUAUGCAAAAACUGAUCCUAAAUGUAAGAAAUCACAACAUGGAAUAUCAGCUUUUGUAAUUGAAAAACAUUUUAAGGGUUUUAAAGCUGGUCCUAAGUUAGAUAAAUUAGGUAUGCGAGGUUCAAAUACGGCUGAGUUAAUAUUUGAAGACUGUGUAGUUCCCAAAGAAAACUUAUUAGGUUCAGAAAAUAAAGGUGUGUAUGUGCUUAUGAGCGGAUUAGAUUUGGAAAGAUUAGUGUUGGCAGCUGGACCUGUAGGCAUAAUGCAAGCUUGUUGUGAUGUUGCUUUUUCUUAUGCUCACGUUAGGAAACAAUUCAACCAACGUAUAGGCGAGUUUCAGUUAAUACAAGGUAAGCUGGCUGAUAUGUACACAACAUUAAGUGCUUGCAGAAGUUAUUUGUACAAUGUAGCUAAAUCUUGUGACAAAAAAAAGGUAAACAGGAAAGAUUGCGCUGGUGUUAUUUUAUACUGUGCUGAAAAAGCUACUCAAAUGGCCCUGGAUUCAAUACAAAUUUUAGGUGGUAAUGGGUUCAUUAACGAUUACCCAACGGGAAGAUUUCUCAGAGAUGCCAAACUUUACGAAAUUGGAGCUGGAACAUCAGAAGUUAGAAGACUGGUUAUAGGUAGGGUUAUUAAUUCAGAGUAUUCAUAGAGAAAUAUCUUUGUUCUUCUAAUGUCCUAAAUAUUUCAUGUUAUAAAAAUUUUAAUAAAACCCUCUAUACAUUCU